AUGGCAGCAUCCUUCGCAAUGCACAACUACUACCGGCCGUCGUCGCUGACCGUCGAUACACACGCUACACAGAACUAUUUUGAGGAGGACGAGGGAAGCAUUUUGGACGAGAACAUCCUCGAUCACAGCGGUCUAGACUCCGGACUGGAAAUGUCACCUCCCAUGGCCGGUAGCCGACGAGACUCGUUUGCAGUGUCCUCAUCAUUGUUCUCACCGAAGUCAGAUGAAUGGCAACAUGUAGAUAUGCAACAGCAGCAGCCCAUGUCGUCAAACAACCCAUUUGUUGAGCAUCACAACAACAAUCCAUUCAUGCGCAUCGACUCGCAAUCCGGGUAUGGGCAGCAAAGCCAUCCAUGGAUGAGUAACAACUCGGGGAUGUCGACGCCCAUGCAAGUUCAUGACGGUCUUCCUACCGAGUUCGAAGUCAAUCCACCAGUGUUCCAACAACGACAAAUCCAGACCCCAUUCACCAACAAUGGAAACCAACAGUUGCCAUUAUUCUCAUCCGGAAACACCAGCAAUGGUUCUAUCCCAACAUCACCGCAAAAGGAAUGGUCGGUUGCUGAUGCUAUGGAUCAUCGAGCGAUGCCAAAACGCAUGAGACCUCAUAGCCCAACUUUACGGUCUCAUCCGGAGAUGACGAGAAGGGGAGAUGGUAUCAGGAAAAAGAAUGCUCGGUUCGAUAUUCCAGCCGAGCGAAACCUCACCAACAUCGAUCACUUGAUUUCUCAAUCGACGGAUGAGCAGGAGAUUAAAGAGUUGAAGCAACAAAAGCGAUUGCUGAGGAAUCGCCAAGCAGCUCUGGACUCUCGUCAACGAAAAAAGCAACACACCGAACGGUUAGAAGAUGAGAAGAAGCAUUACACUGCUGUAAUUAAUGAUCUAGAGGAAGACCUUGCCGAAGCGAAGCUGAAUUUGGAUGAGUGGGCUCGUAAAGAGCAACAGUAUCAGCAGUAUAUUGAGAACAUCCAGAUGGAGAAAGAGGAAAUGGUUGCCAACCACACUCUCGAGACUGGAGAACUCCGCAAGAAGAUCACCGUCCUCACUGAGCACGUCCAGCGUAUGGAGAGCGCUCCUGUCGCCAACAUUUCAAGUUCCAACAACUUCCCUUCAGACUACGCCGAUAUUGACAGUCUGACCAUGGACGGAGCUUGGGAUAACAUCUCCUUCCUCAAUGACUUCACCAACGAAGAUGUCAAGAUCGAGAACUCUGUUGUACCUGCAAAGAAGGAGAACGCAUUGGUAAGCGAGUCAGAAAAGCCUGCCGCUCAAGGUCUCCUUUUGAUGCUUCUCCUUGUUGGUGCGUUUGUCGCUUCCAAAGGUUCCUCGCCUACACUUCCACAAGUUUCCGACGAUGUUCGUGCUGCUUCAGCCACUCUCCUCGAAGAUAUCUUCAACGAUGCUGGUGUUUCACAAGCAGCCUCUGGUGUUCAAGCCAUGGCUGCUGUUCCCUCCGUCUCCGCCAAUGCAUGGUCUGCAGCACCAAUGCCGGCGAUGGGCGGUUCGGAAAUGAUUGGCGUUACGCCGUCAGUUCUUGGGGACCUCAGCGACACCCUCACGCGGCCAAGCGAAGAGCAAAACAACGAGCAAAUCUUCUCCAUGUCCGCAGCUCAGUACAACGGCCUCACGAAUCACGACUUCCUGCAAAACACUCCACAACGAUCAACCUCACAAGGACGGCGAAAUCUCGGCGAAACGCUCGCAGCAAUGCGUGCUAAUAGCAAGAAAUCCGCCGCCGAAGUCUAUACCCGCUCAUUACUGUGGGAUCAAGUGCCAAGUGAGGUUGUUCGUAAUUUCGCGAAGAUGGUCUCCCUGUCCGAUGCGCAUGAGCAACAGGAUGGUCACACUCCCCUCGGUUGA